AUGCCUCGCUCAACAUCAUCUCGUGCCAGCAGCCGUCGUGGAGCCGAUCAAGAACCACAAUCGGAAAGUGCUGAUGUUUUUGCCGAACCAAAUUCAGUUCAAUGUGAGUUGCAGAAUAAAAUUAGUUGAUUAUUAAAUAAAAUAUUUUCAGAUUCUGCCGGAAGUCGAACACCAGGAGAUGCACAAGGUGGAUCGCCAAGAUCAAGUAAGAAAUUCAAUUGAUUCUCCUUCCCAACCAAUUCUUUUCAGUGUCUUCGGCUUCUGCUCUUCCCUAUGGUUCUGAAAUGGGUUCGGUGUCUCAAAUGUCAUCAGUUUCAACAUUGCGUCGCGGUCCACGUGGAGAUAUUGGCGUUGCGCCAAGUGAUCAUCGAACUGUUCAAAUUCAAGGAAUGACCGAUGAUUUGGCGGUGGACGAUGGACAACCUCGACUUUACAUUUGGGGAACACGCAUUUGUGUGGCUGAUGUUCAAAGAGCAUUUCGCAACUUUGUCACCACUUUCAAAAUCGAGCAUUUGGACGAGGAUGAAAAUAUGAUGGAGGGAAAUAACGAUCAUUUGCGGCCAGUCGAUACUAACCAACCCUAUUAUAUGGAAAGACUCCUCGAAUGCGAUGUGGCUGAAGUGACUCACAUUAAUCUCAAUUUAGCCCAUCUUCAAUCAUUUUCCGAGGCUUUGUAUAGAAAACUCAUUGCCUAUCCAGCUGUAAGCUGCAUAGUUUUUGUUCCAUAUAAAUAUUUAUUUUCAGGAUGUUAUUCCUUAUUUGGAUAUGACAAUCAAUGAAAUCUUCGCCGAACGUUUCCAUCGAUCACUCGCUCAACCUAUUGAAUUACGGCCAUUCAAUGCGGAAAAGACUAGAAAUAUGAGAGGAUUGAAUCCGAAUGAUGUUGAUCAAUUGAUCACAAUUAGUGGAAUGGUCACUCGAACAUCUUCAUUGGUUCCAGAAAUGAGAAGUGGUUUUUUCCAAUGUUCGGUGUGUUCAUUUAGUGUUGAAAGCGAAGUGGAUAAGGGAAGAAUUGAAGAACCGGUUGUUUGCACAAAUUGCUCGAAUACACAUUGUUUUCAAAUGGUUCAUAAUCGAUCGGUGUUUUUGGAUAAACAAGUCGUCAAAUUGCAAGAAUCUCCGGGUAAAUUCACAAGACGAAAUGAACCAUGCUGAUCAAUCGAAAAUUGCCACAAAUCCCUGUGAACACUUUUCUGGAGCUUCAAUUGAGUUUUUGUUUUUGCCCCUGUUUUCACCAUGUUUCAGGGUGGAAGAUCAACUAUAAUGAGGUUAUUCAGCACAUUUGAAAACUUAUCAGCUUUUUAGUUAAAAAUUACAGUUUUCAGCGACUUUUUGAUAUGUUUUGCUAUUGUCAAAAUUGAAAACCAGUGCAGAACUGAAUGAAUGAAAACAACUGGACUUCGUCAAUUGCGUGCGGCUGGGCGGCGCGUUCGGAAAAGGAAAGAAAAAAUCGAUUAUUGAUCUUUCGACCGCGCCGCACAGCCGCACGCGACUGACGAAGUCCAGCUGUUUUCAUUCACUCAGUUCUGCGGCCACAUUUUUCAAUUUCGACAACAGCAAAAAAUAUCAAAAAGUCGCUGAAAAAUGUAAUUUUGAGCUAAAAAGCUGAUAGGUUUUCAAAUGUGCUGAAUAACCUCAUUAAAGUUGAUCUUCCACCCUGAAACAUGGUGAAAAUGGGCGAAAACCAAAACUCAAUUGAAGCUCCAGAAAAGUGUUCACAGGCAAUUUUCGAUUUCAGGAUAGUGAUCAGCAUUGUCGAUUUGGUAUAUGUUUUAUCAAAAUUUGAUUAAAUCCUGUUUCAGAUGACAUGCCAUCUGGUGAAACUCCACAUACAGUCUCUGUGUACGCACAUGGAUCUCUUGUCGAAUCUGUUCAACCAGGAGAUCGUAUUUCUGUCACUGGAAUCUUCCGUGCAACCGGUGUCAAAGUCAAUCCACGACAAAGAGCGCUCGCUUCAGUUUAUCGAACUUCAAUUGAUGCACUGCAUUUCAGAAAAACUGAUACUUCUAGAUUGCAUCAAGAUAAUGGAGAAACUUUGAGUGAAGAACGAAUUCAGCAAAUUAUUGAACUUUCGAAAAAGGAAAAUAUUAUGGAUGCAUUGGCUCAAGCAAUUGCACCAUCAAUUUAUGAACAUGAAGAUGUUAAGAAAGGAUUGCUUUGCUUAUUAUUCGGUGGAACACGCAAAGAUGAUGAGACUACAAAUAAAACAAAACUCCGGUCGGAAAUCAAUAUUUUGCUUUGCGGAGAUCCAGGAACAUCAAAAUCCCAACUUCUUCAAUAUGUUUAUAGAUUGAUGCCAAGAAGUCAAUAUACAAGUGGAAAGGGUUCGUCAGCUGUUGGUUUGACUGCUUCAGUUAGUCGAGAUUCUGACACCAAACAACUUGUUCUUCAAACUGGAGCUCUUGUUUUGGCGGAUAAUGGAGUUUGUUGUAUUGAUGAAUUCGACAAAAUGAAUGAUAGUGCUAGAAGUGUUUUGCAUGAAGUUAUGGAGCAACAAACAUUGUCGAUCGCAAAAGCUGGAAUUAUUUGUCAAUUAAACGCGCGCGCUUCUGUUUUAGCGGCUGCGAAUCCUGUUGAUUCGAAAUGGAAUCGAAAUAAGACGAUUGUUGAUAAUAUUCAACUUCCGCACACGCUUCUUUCACGUUUCGAUUUGAUCUUUUUGAUUGUUGAUCCGCAAGAUGAAAUGCAUGAUCGAAGAUUAGGAAAUCACUUGGUUUCGUUGUAUUUCGAGCAAGAUAAACAGGAGAAUUCCGAAGUUUUGGAUAUGCAACUAUUGAGAGAUUAUAUUGGUAAAUUAGUUUUUUUUCUUUUUUGAACUUUAAAUUUCCGGAUUUUGAAAACAAGAAAAUCAGGAAAAUUUUUUGAAAAUUCUGGAAUUUUUCAAAUACCUGGAAUUUUCGAUUGAGUGAAGUAACUGUUUGAAACGUUUUCAGUUUCGAAAAUUUUCUGAUUUUUGGAACUGAAAACGUCUCAAACAGUUACUAAAACUGUAAAAAGAGAAUUUUCAUGAGUGCUGAAAUACAACCAGUGCUGAAAUUUGAAGACUUCGAAAAAUUUUCCGGAUUUUCUGGUUUAAAAAAUCCGGAAAUUUUCCGAUUACCAGGUUUCAUCUUUCCGGCACAGGCCUGAUAUGAAUUUCAUUCUCAAAUUCAUUCUGUUUUCAGCCUACGCCAAAGCAAACAUCCAUCCAAAAUUGGGUGAAGACGCUUCACAAUUCAUCAUCGACAAAUACUUGUUUAUGCGAAAAGCCGGAGCUCAACACGGACAAAUUUCGGCGUAUCCAAGACAAUUGGAAUCGUUGAUUCGGUUGUCGGAAGCGCAUGCGAAGAUUCGACUUUCGCAAGAGGUUUCGGUUGAUGAUGUUGAAAAUGCGUAUAAGUGAGUUUUGAAUGGGGAAAAAACCUGGAAAUCCCGAAAGAGAAAUGACGUGGAAUUGAAUAGGUCACGUUCAUGUAUUUCUUUGAUUCAUGAAUUUUUCCGGAAAAAAAUGUCUUCAGUUCAGAAAAUUAUUAAAAUUUGAAAAAUUUAAGUGUGAUCUACAGUAAAUUUUUCAAAAAACCUUUUUUCUGUUGCCAAACUGCAUAUUUUUCACGAAAAAAUGUAGUUUUCUUUGAUUUUCAGAGGAUUUUGAUUAAAAAUUUCAAGGAAAAUCGAAAAUUUCACUCACAAGUGCUCAAAUUUAAAACUUCAAAAUGUUUUCCAGAUUUUCUGGUUUCAAAAAACACCCCGUUUUUCGACUUUCCAACCUGUAAAACCCGGAAUCUGAUAUUUCUAGAUUGUGGCGCGAAGCUCUUCGUCAAUCAGCUGUUGAUCCAGCCACCGGUCGAGUCGAUGUUGGAAUUUUGGCAUCUGGAAUGAGCUCUUCUGGAAGAAAAGCGAUCGAAGCAAUGACCGAAUCAAUUUUGAAACAAUUGGAAACGAGCAAAGGAGCGACUGUUACUUCGAAAGCAUUGUUCCAAACUUUGAGAAAUAAUGAUAAGGUAUGUUGUUUUUAAAGUAUUUUCAUUUUCAAAUCCAAAUGUUUGCAGAACUUAACCAAGGAAGUGUUCGAUGAAGCUUUGAAUGAAUUGGCGAAGAAGGAGACGAUUGUGAGAAGUGGCGAAAGAAUCCGCUAUUUGACUGCUGAAAAUUGA